AGAUGCAUUCCUAUUGGCUUACCGCGAGGUAUUUAAGGGAAAGCGCGGUGAUUUCCUACGUCAGAGGCCCUGAUCCUUCUCAACAUGGGACGGAUUUCAUUGUUGUGGGCCGGGGUACUUCUUUUGGCAUUCAUUGCAACAGAAAGUACCGAUGCACGAGUAUGUCGGACGAACCUGGACAUCGGCUUUGUCCUGGAUGCUUCAGGCAGCGUGAGAGCGAAUCGCUUCAAAAUGUGCCUGAAUUUCAUCAACAAACUAGUGAAUUCUUUCCACAUUGGUCCGCAUAAUACGCGUAUCGGUAUAGUGCGAUACAGCACAAGGCCUUCCGGGAUCUUCCGGUUUACAAGUUAUCGGAACAAGCAUAGUACGAAGCACAGAGUAAAUCGAAUUCGCUACACUGGCGGAUGGACCAGGACUGGCGCUGCGAUCAACUAUGCCCGAAGGUACUUGUACCAGCACAACCGGCGUAGAGGCGUCCGUAAAGUCCUAAUUGUUAUGACUGAUGGCAAGUCACAAGACAGCGUGGUCGGCGCGUCGCGUAGCGUAAAACGUAUGGGAAUCGAGGUCUUCGCUAUUGGCAUCGGACGCGGAUACCGCCGAAGCGAGUUGAACCAGAUGGCAACCGAUCGUAAUCACGUGCUCACUGCUAGGUUCCGAGAUCUUCACAAGAUUAUUGGCAAGAUCAAAUAUCGCGCCUGCAAAGGGCCUGGGAGACCUCCAAGGCGACCAAGUGCUAAAAAAAGGGUCUACAUUACAACACACUUGACUGCCAUCAGCAUCGGAUGCUUCCGUGACACCGGUCGCCGCGCCAUUCCACCAAUGGAGGGCAAGAGUAAGCUGCUCAAGGGCAGUUACCCCAGGCGACGAUACGCGAUCCAGAAAUGCGCGCUUGUGGCUGCUAGACGCGGAUGGCGCGUGUUCGCUGUUCAAAAUGGCGGCUGGUGUGCGACUAGCAGUAGAGCUCAUCUCACGUACAGACGAUAUGGAGAAUACAAUAGAUGCAGAAAGGAUGGCGAAGGUGGACCCUGGGCCAACCAGGUCUACAAAUUACAUGGCUCUUGUCGUAAGCGCACAACCAAGGGUAACUGCUGCGUGUUCCCGUUCGUGUACCGCGGCAAACGCUACAACAGCUGCACACGAGCUCGGCACAACCGCCCCUGGUGUGCUAUAACUCCCAACUACGACGUCGAUAAACUCUGGGGCAAUUGCGCAGGGGGAGCGGCCCGUCCAUUCUUUGUGACUCCAAGUGUCAGAGUUCAACACCUUGGCUGCUGGCGAGACACUGGUCGCCGUGCGAUCCCUCAACUCGAUGGCAAGUUCGCGCUCAUUCGUGGAAACUAUCAAAGAAGACGCAAUGCAAUUCGUAGAUGCGCUUUGGUGGCCGCUCGCCUUGGAUACCGUGUGUUUGGUGUUCAAAACGGAGGCUGGUGUGCAUCAGGACCACGUGCACAGCACACGUACAGGAAAUACGGAAAAUCUAACAGAUGUCGCAACGGCAAGGGAGGACCUUGGGCGAACGACGUUUACAUGAUUUCGGGCAAAUGUCGCAAACGCACUACCAAGGGCGAUUGCUGCGCGCUCCCAUUUGUAUACCGUGGAAGGCGAUACAGCUCGUGCACUCGAGUCAACAGCAAACGAGGACCGUGGUGCUCCCUCACUAAUAAUUAUGACAAGGACAGGAAAUGGGGGUACUGCAGAGGGUACCGUCCGAAGCCCAGACCCCGCCCCCCACCACGCCCUGUCCGACCCGCUCAGUACUCCUACAUCCACCCCUUCACUCAUGUGGGUUGCUAUAGAGACAAAGCCAGCAGAGCGCUUAGCAAGUAUCUCGGCCACUACAAGAGAAACGCCAUUCAGAAGUGUUACAGCCAAGCGCAACGGCGCGGGUGGCGCAUGUUCUCCGUACAAGCGGGAGGAUAUUGCUUCUCUGGCCCUAACGCUCACGUCACAUACCGUAAGUACGGUAACCACAACACGUGCAGAAACUACAAAGGAGGACAUUGGGCCAAUUCUGUAUACAGCAUUAACACAGUCAUGCCACCUAAAAGAUGGCACGGCAAGCCUUUUGGUUGGCUCGGAUGCUAUCUUGAUAGGCACGUACGAGCUCUGCCUGUUCUUCUCGGAAGAUUCCGUGGACGUAAUGCGGUCAUGCGCUGUUACCACCAAGCAAACCGCCGCGGCUACAGAGUGUUCUCCAUGCAGGCGCACAACGAGUGUCGGUCAGGCCCUAAGGCUCAUACCAGCUACUCCAUGUAUGGUCGACGAGGAGGCUGUUCACACGGGACCGGCGGUGGCUGGCGUAACGACGUCUACGCUAUUCUUUCACGAGUGGGUAUCCCAAGACCCGCCCUGGGCAUGCAGAGUCGUAAAAUCCCCAACAAUGCAAUUCGCGCGUCGUCUCAAUGGGACCGCAACCACGGUCCUGAAAGGGCGCGUCUGCACAUCCAUCGUGGAAGAGGCAAGACUGGUGCUUGGUCAGCGAGACGCAACAACCGUUACCAGUGGAUCCAGGUUGACCUGAGAAGCAGAGCUGUUAUCAAGUUGAUCGCUACCCAAGGGCGACAGGAUCUGGACCAAUGGGUAGAGAGCUAUGAUAUCUUCUACAGCAACGGUGGACGGAAGUUUAAAAAAUACCCACGGAGAUUCGCCGGUAACUACGAUCGCCACACCGUGGUCACUCGUGUUUUAAGACCACGCAUUUAUUGUCGCUUCAUCCGCUUCUAUCCCAAAGACUGGUAUGGCCACAUCUCCAUGAGGAUCGAGCUCUACGGGAAGCGAUUUGGAGGAGCACUGCCUCUGCCAGCACCUCUACCACGCCCAUUACCAACACACUACAUCUACCACUACACCCGGGUUGGUUGCUUCAACGACAGAGGGCGCCGAGCUCUACCGCACUACUUUGGUCGGUUCUCCAAGGGCGCCAUCCACAAGUGUUUCAAUCUUGCGUACAAAAAGGGCUACAGAAUGUUCUCGAUACAGGCGGGCGGCUACUGCUUCUCUGGUCGUAACGCUCAUGACACAUUCAACAGUUAUGGACCCAGUACGAAAUGCCGGCGCAACCUUGGAGGCCCUUGGGCUAACGAUGUUUACAGUAUCAGUGCACUUGUGCCUCCAAGACCUUGGCACGGGAAGAAAUUCGGUCAUGUUGGCUGUUACCGCGAUAAACACAUCCGAGCUCUGCCACUUCUCCUUGGAAGAUUCCGUGGAAGAGGCGCUGUUGAAAGGUGUUACCGCAAGGCCAACCGCCGCGGCUUCAGAGUGUUCUCUAUGCAGGCGCACAACGAGUGUCGGUCUGGCCCCACGGCUCAUAUCAGCUACUCUGUAUACAAUCGACGAGAAGUCUGUUCUCAAGGAAUGGGUGGCGGCUGGGCCAACGACGUUUAUGUGAUCCUGAGACGGGCUGGAACCCCAAGACAUGAACUCGGCAUCGGCAAUCGUAAGGUUCGCGACAGUGCUAUCAUCGCAUCGUCACAGUUUGACGGCAACCACCGAGCAAGCCUCGCCCGAUUGCGGUCAAGACAACGGGGUCAUCUUAAAGGGGCGUGGUCAGCAAGACUUAACAACCGCUACCAGUGGAUUCAGGUGGAUCUUACAAGGAGGGCACUCGUUCGGAUCAUCGCAACGCAAGGACGACAGGACUAUGACCAGUGGGUCAAAAGCUACACCCUGGGGUACAGUAACGACGGCAGGCACUUCAAGAGAUACCCAAGGGUGUUCCCCGGAAAUUUCGACAGGAACACGCUAGCUGUCCGCGUACUCAGGCCAAGGAUAUUUGCUCGGUUUGUCCGCAUCUACCCUCGUUCUUGGCACGGUCAUAUCUCCAUGAGGUUCGAGCUCUACGGAAGGCGAACAGCUCGCCCACGUCCCCGUCCUAGACCUAGACCGACCCACUUCGUGUACCACUACAGAAAUAUCGGGUGCUUCCGAGACACUGGCCGAAGAGCCUUGCCGGUCGUACUUGGGACUUUUUACGGCAAGAAAGAUGCCGUCAGGCAGUGCUUCAACUUGGCCUUUAGGAGAGGAUACCGAAUGUUUGCCCUUCAGAACGGCGGACAUUGUUUCUCAGGGCCCGAGGUUUACGCUACGUAUAGGAAGUACGGUGAAUACAACAAGUGCCGAAACUAUAGGGGAGGACCGUGGGCUAACGACGUCUACACCAUCAAUAUGGCUUAUCCACCUAAGAGCUGGCACGGCAAGCCUUUUGGUUGGCUGGGCUGUUAUCGUGAUAGGCACGUACGAGCUCUGCCUGUUCUUCUCGGAAGAUUCCGUGGACGCAAUGCCGUCAUGCGCUGUUACCACCAAGCCAACCGCCGCGGCUACAGAGUGUUCUCCAUGCAGGCGAACAACGAGUGUCGUUCUGGCCCAACGGCUCAUAGUUCUUACUCCGCCUGGGGACGGCGAGGAGGGUGUUCACAUUGGACCGGCGGUAACUGGGCUAACGACGUUUACCUUAUUCGAAAGCGAGCUGGAAUUGCAAGACCAGCCCUCGGCAUGGAGAGUCGUAAAAUCCCCAAUAAUGCAAUUAGCGCGUCUUCUCAAUGGGACCCCAACCACGGUCCUGAAAGGGCGCGUCUGCACAUCCGUAGGGGAAGAGGCAAGACUGGUGCUUGGUCAGCAAGACACAACAACCGUCGCCAGUGGAUCCAGAUUGAUCUGAGAUCUACUGCCAUCGUCCGUAUUAUCGCCACUCAAGGUCGGCAGGACCAUAAGCAGUGGGUCGAGAGUUACAAGGUGUCCUAUGGAGUCAAUGGCAAAAAUUGGAAGACCAUUGGCAAGGUAUUCACUGGAAAUACUGACCAGCAUACGGUUGUCUACCGUGUGUUCAGACCUCGAAUCAUAGCCCGCUAUGUGAGGAUUAAUCCUCGCAACUGGUAUAAACACAUUUCUAUGAGGAUUGAGCUCUAUGGAAAACGCAUUGGUGGAGGACGACCUGGUCCACUCCCAAGGCCUCCAAACACCGCCUACAUCCACCAUUAUACCAACAUCGGGUGCUUCCAAGAUAAUGGCAGACGAGCACUAUCCCACCAUCUAGGGAACUUUUACGGCAAAAGCAACGUUAUUGCGAUAUGCUACCGCCUAGCUUCCAGAAGAGGUUAUAAGAUGUUCUCUGUACAGAACGGUGGGCAGUGUUUCUCUGGUGGGAAUGCUCAUGCUACCUUCCGCAAAUAUGGGAAAUCCUCAAGUUGCCGCCACUACAAGGGAGGUCCAUGGGCCAACGAUGUUUAUAGCAUCAAGCCACUCCUGCCACCUGGGAAAUGGCACGGUAAACCAUUCGGCUGGAUCGGCUGUUAUCGUGAUAAGCACGUACGAGCUCUGCCUGUUCUUCUCGGAAGAUUCCGUGGACGCAACGCUGUCAUGCGCUGUUACCACCAAGCCAACCGCCGCGGCUACAGAGUGUUCUCCAUGCAGGCGCACAACGAGUGUCGGUCAGGCCCUAAGGCUCAUACCAGCUACUCCAUGUAUCGUCGACGCGGAGGCUGUUCACAUGGGACCGGUGGUAACUGGGCUAACGACGUUUAUGUCAUUUUGAGACGAGCUGGAGUGCCAAGAUCACCACUCGGUAUGGAAAAUAAGCGGAUUCCUAACAGAGCAAUAAAGGCUUCGUCUGCUUAUGAUAAUAACCACGCCCCCUACUUGGCGCGUUUGCACGCGAGACACAGAGGCCAUAGACAGCCUGCUUGGUCAGCUCGAACUAACAAUAACCACCAGUGGCUGCAGAUCGACCUUGGUGCCAAGGCUGUUAUUAAUGCUAUUGCGACUCAAGGCCGACACAAUUUUGACCAAUGGGUAACGAGCUACAGAUUGUCUUACGGAAAUAACGGACGUCAUUUCAAGGCCUAUCGACCGUUUGGACGAUUCAAGGUAUUCGCUGGAAAUUACGACCGAACGACAGUGGUUCCUCGUAUCCUGAGACCACCUAUAUUUGCACGCUAUGUUCGAAUCCACCCUAAGUCUUGGUUUGGUCAUAUCAGCAUGCGGGUGGAGCUGUACGGACGUCGUAGGGGAGGAGGGAACAACAAGAAUGUGUGUAGUCUCCCACUCAGGCCCGGUCGAUGCCGUGCACGCAUGGUCAUGUGGUUCUACAACAAGAGAACUGGACGCUGCCAGACUUUCAAUUAUGGAGGUUGUGGUGGCAACGGCAAUCGCUUCAGAUCCAGGCGCCAAUGCCAACGGCGUUGUGUGAAAGGCGGACCACAAAGUACCCGUUACAACCAUCACAUCAAUUUUAUGGGAUGCUUCCGUGAUCGCCACGUCAGAGCUCUUCCAGCUUAUUUGGGUAACUUCAAAGGCAAAAACUCUGUCAUCACUUGCUUCCGUAAGGCGUAUGCUAGAGGCUUUAGAGUGUUUGGCGUGCAGGCAGGGGGCCAUUGCUUCUCAGGAAAGUACGCUGCGAAUACAUAUUCGAAAUAUGGGAAGCAUAACCAAUGCCGAAACUAUAAAGGAGGCCAUUGGGCCAGUGAUGUAUACCGGAUCUCUCCAGUUCUUCCGACUAAACGAUGGCAUGCCAAGCCUUUCGGCUUCCUCGGCUGCUACCGCGACACGGGUGUACGAGCUCUGCCUGUUCUUCUCGGAAGAUUCCGCGGCCGUAAUGCAGUUCAGCGGUGUUACCACCAAGCCAACCGCCGCGGCUACAGAGUGUUCUCCAUGCAGGCGCACAUCGAGUGUUGGUCAGGUCCAACGGCCCACGUGACUUACUCCAUGUAUGGAAGAAGAGGGGGAUGUUCACACUGGACCGGCGGGAACUGGGCUAACGACGUCUAUAUUAUCUUAAGUAAAGCCGGGAUAUUCAGGAAAGCACUUGGUAUGCAAAAUGGUAGAAUCCCCAACAAUGCAAUUAGGGCGUCGUCCCAAUGGGACCGCAACCACGGUCCUGAAAGGGCGCGUCUGCACAUCCGUAAGAGAAGAGGCAAGACUGGUGCUUGGUCUGCAAGACACAACAACCGCCGCCAGUGGAUCCAGAUUGAUCUGAGAAGAAAAGCUAAUGUUUGGCUGAUUGCUACCCAGGGUCGUCAGGACUACCCUCAGUGGGUCACCACUUACACGGUCUCGUUUGGUAAUAAUGGCCGCCAUUGGCGUCCCUAUAACAUCGGUAGACAUACAAAGAUAUUCUCUGGCAAUUUUGAUCAAAACACCGUGGUAUAUCGAGCUCUUCGACCCGCGAUCCACGCCAGGUUUAUCCGUAUUCACCCUCUCACCUGGGUUAACCAUAUAUCCAUGAGGAUUGAGCUGUACGGAAGACGUGUUGGCCGCCCUGCUCCUCCUCCAGUUCCAAGACCACCCCCAACGAUCAGGGUUACAACGGGAGUCCGAGUGCGGGACAUCGGCUGCUACCGUGACACCGGUGCUCGUGCCAUUCCCCAAAUGGACGGACGUGACGUCAUCCUGAAGGACUACUAUCGCCGCCGUGCUGACGCUAUCAAGAAGUGCGCUCUGGUGGCUUUGAGAUACGGAUACAAAGUGUUUGCUGUACAACACGGUGGAUGGUGUGCUACCGGUAAACAUGCUCAUCGUACUUAUGCCAAAUAUGGCAAGUCCAACAGAUGCCGCAACGGCAAGGGUGGACCGUGGGCCAACACUGUCUACAGAGUACAUGGCAAGUGUCGACAGAAGUCCAACGAUGGACAUUGCUGCUCGUUCCCGUUCAUCUACCGCGGCCGCCGCUACAACAGCUGCACGAAAGCCGGCAGGCGGGACAGGCGACCCUGGUGCUCAUUGACCCCCAACUACGACAGAGACAGGAAGUUCGGAUUCUGUGGAGGUUUUGGAAUCCCGGUCACCAGAGGACUAAAUGCUGUGAGAAUAGGAUGUUUCCGUGACACCGGUCGCCGCGCCAUUCCACCAAUGGAGGGCAAGAGUAAGCUGCUCAAGGGCAGUUAUCCCAGGCGACGAUACGCGAUCCAGAAAUGCGCGCUUGUGGCUGCUAGACGCGGUUGGCGCAUUUUCGCUGUUCAAAACGGCGGCUGGUGUGCGACUAGCAGUAGAGCUCAUCUGACGUACAAACGAUAUGGACCAUAUAACAGAUGCAGAAAGGAUGGCAAAGGUGGACCCUGGGCCAACCAGGUCUACAAAUUGAAAGGUUCUUGCCGCAUAAGAACCACCAAGAACAACUGCUGCGUGUUCCCGUUCGUGUACCGCGGCAAACGCUUCAACAGCUGCACGCGAGCUCGGCACAACCGCCCCUGGUGUGCUAUAACUCCCAACUACGACGUCGAUAAACUCUGGGGCAAUUGCGCAGGGGGGAGAGCUCCACCUAGGAAGAUCACCCCUUCUGUAACCAUUCAACAUCUUGGCUGCUGGCGUGACACUGGUCACCGUGCGAUCCCUCAACUCGAUGGCAAGUUCGCGCUCAUUCGUGGAAACUAUCAAAGAAGACGCAAUGCAAUUCGUAGAUGCGCUCUGGUGGCCGCUCGUCUUGGAUACCGUGUGUUUGGUGUUCAAAACGGAGGCUGGUGUGCAUCAGGACCACGUGCACAGCACACGUACAGGAAAUACGGCAAAUCUAACAGAUGUCGCAACGGCAAGGGAGGACCUUGGGCAAACGACGUCUAUAGAGUUUCAGGAACUUGCAAACAGCGUACUACCAAAAGUGAAUGCUGUGUUUUCCCAUUCAUAUAUAAGGGAAGACGUUACAAUGCCUGUACUCGUAGAAACAGCAAACGAGGACCGUGGUGCUCUCUUACUAAUAACUACGACAAGGACAGGAAAUGGGGAUACUGCAGAGGGUACCCUCCAAAACCUAAACCGCCACCACGCCCAAGACCCACCCAAUAUAUUUACCGAUACUCUAUUGUUGGCUGCUUUAGAGACACUGGGAAGCGUGCGUUGCCCAAAUUGUUGGGUACUUUCUACGGGAAAAAAGAAGCCGUGAAAAUAUGCUACCGUUUAGCUUAUAGAAGUGGAUACCGAGUGUUCUCAGUUCAAAAUGGCGGUCAGUGCUUCUCGGGACGUUUUGCUCACUCAACCUACGAUCUUUACGGACGUUCUAGAAAUUGCCGAAAUUUCAAAGGGGGACCCUGGGCUAAUGAUGUCUACAGCAUAAGAUUAGUACAACCUCCAAAACGAUGGCACGGCAAGCCAUUCGGUUGGCUCGGCUGCUACCGCGACACGGGUGUACGAGCUCUGCCUGUUCUUCUCGGAAGAUUCCGUGGACGCAAUGCUGUCAUGCGCUGUUACCACCAAGCAAACCGCCGCGGCUACAAAGUGUUCUCCAUGCAGGCGCACAACGCGUGUCGGUCAGGCCCUAAGGCUCAUACUAGCUACUCCAUGUAUGGUCGACGAGGAGGUUGUUCACACUGGACCGGCGGUGGCUGGCGUAACGACGUGUACAUGAUCUUAAAGCGAGGUGGCAAGCCAAGGCGACCUCUUGGAAUGGAAAACAAAAGGAUUCCCAAUGGCGCUAUCCGCGUGUCCUCUCAAUGGGAUCGCAACCACGGCCCCGCUAACGCCCGUCUGAACAAACGUAAACAAGGUCGCCGCAUUGGAGCAUGGUCAUCGAGAGCUAUUAAUCUCAAACAAUGGAUUCAGGUCGACUUUAGGAGAUUGACAACUGUACGGUGGAUAGCUACCCAGGGAAGACACGACCUGGACCAGUGGGUCAAGAGCUACCGCGUUGAAUUUGGAAACGACGGACGCCGGUUCUGGCCGUACAGACAAGGACGCCGUAUUAAGGUGUUUGCUGGCAACUUUGACAGGAACACAGUAGUGACCCGUCUCUUCAAACCCGCCAUUCGCGCUCGUUUCAUCCGAAUCAACCCGCGCUCUUGGUAUCAUCACAUCUCUAUGAGACUUGAGUUCUACGGAAGGCGAUUUGGACGUCCCCGUCCAAGUCCUCCUCCGCGACCCAUCCCGUGUCCCAUGCCACGCCCUCCUCCGCGUAAAUCCCAGUACAUCCGUCAUUACACAAUUCUCGGAUGCUUCCGAGAUAAAGCUCAUAGAGCUAUCACGCGACUCCUGGGCGUGUUCUAUGGGAAGAGCGAUGCUGUGCACAGAUGUUACAAGCUGGCCGCUCGUAGAGGUUACAAGAUGUUUGCUGUCCAAAAUGGAGGGCAGUGCUUCUCAGGGCCUCGCGCACACGUCACAUACCGUAAAUACGGGAGAUACGACAAGUGCAGAAACUUUAAGGGAGGACCUUGGGCCAACAAUGUCUACACGAUCAAUACACUUCAACCUCCAAAACAAUGGCACGGCAAGCCUUUUGGUUGGCUCGGAUGCUAUCUUGAUAGGCACGUACGAGCUCUGCCUGUUCUUCUCGGAAGAUUCCGUGGACGCAACGCUGUCAUGCGCUGUUACCGCCAAGCCAACCGCCGAGGCUACAGGGUGUUCUCCAUGCAGGCGCACAACGCGUGUCGGUCAGGCCCUAAGGCUCAUACCAGCUACUCCAUGUAUGGUCGACGAGGAGGCUGUUCACACUGGACCGGCGGUGGCUGGCGUAACGACGUCUACGUUAUUCUCUCGAGAGUGGGUAUCCCAAGACCCGCCCUGGGCAUGCAGAGUCGUAAAAUCCCCAACAAUGCAAUUCGCGCGUCGUCUCAAUGGGACCGCAACCACGGUCCUGAAAGGGCGCGUCUGCACAUCCGUCGUGGAAGAGGCAAGACUGGUGCUUGGUCAGCGAGACGCAACAACCGUUACCAGUGGAUCCAGAUUGACCUGAGAAGCAGAGCGGUUAUCAAGUUGAUCGCUACCCAAGGGCGACAGGAUUUGGACCAAUGGGUAGAGAGCUAUGAUAUCUUCUACAGCAACAAUGGACGGAACUUUAAAAGAUACCCAAGGAUAUUCGCUGGUAACUUCGAUCGACAUACCGUGGUUACACGCAUCAUUCGCCCUGCCAUCCGUGCUCGCUUCAUCCGAAUCCACCCCCGCAAUUGGUAUGGGCACAUUUCAAUGAGAAUCGAGCUUUACGGGAAACGAGGACGCCCUGGAGUAAUACCCAAACCACGGCCUAAGCCAUCAUGCUACAUAUACCGCUUCUCUUUCGUGGGCUGUUUCAAUGACCGUAGAAGUAGGGCUCUCAGGACCUACCUUGGAUUCAAACGCGGAAAGGAUGCCGCCCAACAGUGCUACAACGCCGCUGUUAAACGAGGCUUCAGGAUGUUCUCUUUGCAAGCUGGUGGGCACUGCUUUUCUGGACACAACGCUCAUGCCACGUACCGUAAAUACGGUCGAUCCAGAAAGUGCCGUAACUAUAAGGGAGGACAUUGGGCCAACGACGUCUACAGCAUCAAUAUCAUGCUUGUCCCCGGGCGGUGGUUCAACAAGCCAUUCGGCUUCCUCGGCUGCUACCGCGACACUGGUGUACGAGCUCUGCCUGUUCUGCUUGGAAGAUACCGUGGACGAAAUGCUGUCAUGCGCUGUUACCACCAAGCCAACCGCCGCGGCUACAGAGUGUUCUCCAUGCAGGCGCACAACGAGUGUCGGUCAGGCCCCACGGCCCACGUGACUUACUCCAUGUAUGGAAGACGAGGGGGAUGUUCACACUGGACCGGCGGGAACUGGGCUAACGACGUCUAUGUCAUCUUAUCUCGAGCUGGUGUUCGCCGACAGCCUCUUGGUAUGCAAAACCGGCGUAUUCCUUCCAUAUCCAUUCGCGCUUCGUCACAAUGGGACCGUAACCACGCACCGGCAUUUGCCCGACUCCACCAGAGAAGGACCGGCCACCGCAUAGGGGCGUGGUCUGCCAAACGAAAUAACCGCAACCAAUGGUUACAGAUUGACCUGAGGAGGAAAACUCGCGUAUCGCUCAUCUCCACCCAGGGUCGCCAGGACCUGAACCAGUGGGUCACGAGCUACCGCUUGUCAUAUGGAAAUAAUGGCCGUAGAUUCUAUCCCUACAAAAUUCGUGGUAGAUCUAGGAUCUUCGCGGGUAACUAUGAUAGGAAUACCGUAGUAACUCGUGUUUUGCAACCCGUGAUCCGCGCCCGCUUUAUACGGAUUCAUCCUCUUACCUGGUUUAAACACGUGUCCAUGAGAGUUGAGUUGUACGGACGUCCUAUUGGCGGUUUUCCACCUCGCCCAGUUCCCCGACCUCCGCCAAGCAUCCGCGUUACUACUGGGGUCAAAGUGCGUGACAUCGGCUGCUACCGUGACACCGGUGCUCGUGCCAUUCCCCAAAUGGACGGACGUGACGUCAUCCUGAAGGACUACUAUCGCCGCCGUGCUGACGCUAUCAAGAAGUGCGCUCUGGUGGCUUUGAGAUACGGAUACAAAGUGUUUGCUGUACAACACGGUGGAUGGUGUGCUACCGGUAAAAAUGCUCAUCGUACUUAUGCCAAAUAUGGCAAGUCCAACAGAUGCCGCAACGGCAAGGGUGGACCGUGGGCCAACACUGUCUACAGAGUACAUGGCAAGUGUCGACAGAAGACCAACGAUGGCCAUUGCUGCUCGUUCCCGUUCAUCUACCGCGGCCGCCGCUACAACAGCUGCACGAAAGCCGGCAGGCGGGACAGGCGACCCUGGUGCUCAUUGACCCCCAACUACGACAGAGACAGGAAGUUCGGAUUCUGUGGAGGACUUCGUGUGCACAUCAGCAAAGGACUAAAGGCCAUUAGCAUCGGAUGCUUCCGUGACACCGGUCGCCGCGCCAUUCCACCAAUGGAGGGCAAGAGUAAGCUGCUCAAGGGCAGUUACCCCAGGCGACGAUACGCGAUCCAGAAAUGCGCGCUUGUUGCUGCUAGACGCGGAUGGCGCGUGUUCGCUGUUCAAAAUGGCGGCUGGUGUGCGACUAGCAGUAGAGCUUAUCUGACGUACAAACGAUAUGGAAAAUACAACAGAUGCAAAAAGGAUGGCAAAGGUGGACCCUGGGCCAACCAGGUGUACAGGCUCAAAGGUUCUUGCCGCAUAAGAACCACCAAGAACAACUGCUGCGUGUUCCCGUUCGUGUACCGCGGCAAACGCUUCAACAGCUGCACGCGAGCUCGGCACAACCGCCCCUGGUGUGCUAUAACUCCCAACUACGACGUCGAUAAACUCUGGGGCAAUUGCGCAGGGGGGAGAGCUCCACCUAGGAAGAUCACCCCUUCUGUAACCAUUCAACACCUUGGCUGCUGGCGAGACACUGGUCGCCGUGCGAUCCCUCAACUCGAUGGCAAGUUCGCGCUCAUUCGUGGAAACUAUCAAAGAAGACGCAAUGCAAUUCGUAGAUGCGCUUUGGUGGCCGCUCGCCUUGGAUACCGUGUGUUUGGUGUUCAAAACGGAGGCUGGUGUGCAUCAGGACCACGUGCACAGCACACGUACAGGAAAUACGGCAAAUCUAAUAAAUGUCGCAACGGCAAGGGAGGACCUUGGGCGAACGACGUCUAUAGAGUUUCAGGAACUUGCAAACAACGUACUACCAAGGGUGAAUGCUGUGUGUUUCCAUUCAUAUACAAGGGAAGACGUUACAAUGCCUGUACUCGUAGAAACAGCAAACGAGGACCGUGGUGCUCCCUUACUAAUAACUACGACAAAGACAGGAAAUGGGGAUACUGCAGAGGGUACCCUCCAAAACCUAAACCGCCACCACGCCCAAAACCUCGUCCAAACACGCCUAUUUACCACUACACCAUCGUUGGUUGCUACAAAGACAAAUCACGAAGGGCGAUGGGAAAACAUAUAGCAUCCUUCCAUGGAAAGAAGAACGCAGUUCAUAGAUGCUUUAGGCUUGCACGUGCAAGAGGAUAUAAGAUGUUCUCUUUACAAGCCGGAGGCCAGUGCUUCACUGGACCCGACGCUCAUGUCACCUACAGACGAUAUGGCCGCUCCAGUAAAUGUCGCGGCUACAAGGGAGGAAACUGGGCUAACGAUGUCUACAGUAUCAACAUAGUUCUUCCGCCUAAACGAUGGAAGCGAAAGCCAGUCGGUUGGCUCGGCUGCUUCCGCGACACGAGCGUACGGGCUCUGCCUAUUCUUCUCGGAAGAUUCCGUGGACGUAAUGCGGUCAUGCGCUGUUACCACCAAGCCAACCGCCGCGGCUACAGAGUGUUCUCCAUGCAGGCGCACAACGAUUGUCGGUCAGGCCCCACGGCCCACGUGACUUACUCCAUGUAUGGAAGACGAGGGCGAUGUUCACACUGGACCGGCGGGAACUGGGCUAACGACGUCUAUGUCAUCCUAUCGCGAGUUGGAGUCCGCGACCAGGCGAUUGGGAUGCAAAGUAGAUACAUUCCAGACAGAUCCAUCCGGGCUUCGUCUCAAUGGGACCGCAACCACGGUCCUGAAAGGGCGCGUCUGCACAUCCGUAAGGGAAGAGGCAAGACUGGUGCUUGGUCAGCAAGACACAACAACCGCCGCCAGUGGAUUCAGAUUGACCUGAGACGAAGAUAUGUCAUAACGAUGAUCUCAACUCAAGGCCGACAGGAUUAUAAUCAGUGGGUUGAAAGCUACCGUGUAAUGUACGGCAACAGUCCUCGUAGACUCCGUUUAUAUAAACGUGGGAAGGCAUUCGCUGGUAACUACGACCGUCAUACCGUAGUAACACGCGUCUUCCGCCCAGCUAUCCGUGCUCGCUUCAUCCGAAUCCAGCCUCUGAAAUGGUACAGUCACGUCUCCAUGAGGACUGAACUGUACGGAAAACCUAUUAAACCCCCGAAGCCAGUACCCCCUAAACCAGGACCACGCCCCCUGCCACCGAUCCGCAAAACACACUACAUCCACCAUUAUACCAUCAUUGGAUGUUACCGUGAUACCCGCAAGCGCGCCUUGUCCAGAUAUUUCGGUAACUUCAAGGGCAAGCGAGAUGCCGUUGAAAGGUGUUUCCGAAUCGCACAGCACAGGGGCUAUAGAAUGUUCUCGGUUCAAGCAGGGGGCUAUUGUUUCUCUGGACCAAACGCCCAUGCCAAUUACAACCGUUACGGCCGGUCCAGAAACUGCCGAGGUUACAAGGGCGGCAGCUGGGCUAACGACGUCUACGCGAUAAACACACUACUGCCUCCAAGACGUUGGAAGGGCAAGCCAUUCGGCUUCCUCGGCUGCUACCGUGACACUCGCGUACGAGCUCUGCCUGUCCUUCUCGGAAGAUUCCGUGGACGUAAUGCGGUUCAGCGCUGUUAUCACCAAGCCAACCGCCGCGGCUACAAAGUAUUUUCCAUGCAAGCGCACAACGAGUGUCGGUCAGGCCCUAAGGCUCAUACCAGCUACUCCAUGUAUGGUCGACGAGGAGGCUGUUCACACUGGACCGGCGGUAGCUGGGCUAACGACGUUUAUGUCAUUUUGAGGCGAGCUGGCAACCCCGUGCCUGCCUUUGGAAUGGCAAACAAAAGAAUCUCCAAUAAGGCAAUUCGCGCCUCGUCCCAAUGGGACCGCAACCACGGUCCUGAAAGGGCGCGUCUGCACAUCCGUAAGAGAAGAGGCAAGAUUGGUGCUUGGUCUGCAAGACACAACAACCGUCGCCAGUGGAUCCAGAUUGACUUGAGAAGGAGGUCGCAUGUUCUUAUGAUCUCGACUCAGGGUCGACAGGACCUAGCACAGUGGGUCACUAGUUACACCAUAUCGUACAGUAAUACCGGCAAAAGGUUCAACACCUAUCGAACCCGUCAAGGGGUCAGGGUAUUUGUAGGAAACUACGACAAAAACACCGUGGUUACACGAGUUCUCCGACCGAUCAUUAAGGCUCGCUUUAUCCGCAUCAACCCCCGUACAUGGUAUCGUCACAUCUCUAUGAGACUGGAACUCUACGGUCGAAACAUUGGCAUUAUCCUUCCUCCUCGGCCACCCCCACUCCGUUCACCUUAUGUGUACCGCUUCUCUAUUGUCGGCUGCUUCCGCGAUAAACGCAGACGUGCUCUUCCGAGAUACUUCGGCCAUUUCCAUGGAAAGAACGCCGUGAAGCAGUGCUACAAGCGUGCGAUUAGGUACGGCUACCGAAUGUUCGGAGUGCAAGCUGGAGGGCAAUGCUUCUCUGGAGGGAAAGCUCACAUCAGGUACCGUAAAUACGGUCGAUCCAGAAAGUGCCGUAACUACAAGGGAGGCAUCUGGGCCAACGACGUCUACAGCAUCAGGCUAGUUUUACCACCUAAAAGAUGGCACGGCAAGCCAUUCGGCUGGCUCGGCUGUUAUCGUGAUAUGCACGUACGGGCUCUGCCGGUUCUGCUUGGAAGAUUCCGUGGACGCAACGCUGUCAUGCGCUGUUACCGCCAAGCCAACCGCCGAGGCUACAGAGUGUUCUCCAUGCAGGCGCACAACGAGUGUCGGUCAGGCCCUAAGGCUCAUACCAGCUACUCCAUGUAUGGUCGACGCGGAGGCUGUUCACAUUGGACCGGUGGUAACUGGGCUAACGACGUGUACAUUAUUCUUAAACGAGCUGGUCCCCGAAGAGAUGCUCUCGGUAUGCAGAGUGGUAAGAUACCAAACGGCGCGAUCAGGGCGUCAUCUAAAUGGGACCGCAACCACGGUCCUGAAAGGGCCCGUUUACACAUCCGUAAGGGAAGAGGCAAGAUUGGUGCUUGGUCAGCAAGACAGAACAACCGUCGCCAGUGGCUCCAGAUCGACUUGAGAAGAGUCUCACGAAUCACGAUGAUCGCCACCCAGGGUCGUCAAGAUCUUGACCAGUGGGUGGAGGCCUACAAAUUGUCAUACAGCCUUAACGGAAGAAGGUUCAUGUGGUAUCGCAAAAAAUUUGCUGCCAACUUCGAUCGUAACACCGUUGUGACAAGGGUCUUGAAGCCCGUCAUACACGCACGCUUCCUCAGAAUUCACCCCCGCAAUUGGUAUAGACAUAUCUCUAUGAGGAUCGAGCUCUAUGGUAAACGCAACCGAUUUGUCGGCAAUAUUUGUAACCUGCCAAUGAGCGUCGGACGUUGCCGGGCCCUCAUGUGGAUGUGGUAUUACAACAAGAAGAAGGGUCGAUGUAUUCGCUUCGCUUACGGUGGCUGUGGCGGAAACCCGAACCGUUUCAAAACCAAGAAGGCAUGCGAACGCCGCUGUAUGAGAGGUCCAAAACCCAAGCCCAAGCGGUAUGUGCACCAUUUCAAGAUUGUAGGUUGCUUCAAAGAUACGAGAAGACGAGCGCUGCGUAAGUAUCUGGGUCAUCUCCGAGGCAAGAACGCAGUAGAGCAAUGUUUUAGGAAGGUUAUGAAACGAGGCUACAGAAUGUUCUCAAUGCAAGGCGGAGGGCAUUGCUUCACUGGAGCUAACGCUCAAGCGACGUACAGACGAUAUGGCCGCUCCAACAGAUGCCGUAAUUAUAAGGGAGGAAACUGGGCUAACGACGUCUACAGCAUUAACUUAGCUCUUCCGCCUAAACGCUGGAGACGUCAACCAUUCGGCUGGCUCGGCUGCUAUCGUGAUAGGCACGUACGAGCUCUGCCUGUUCUGCUCGGAAGAUUCCGUGGACGUAAUGCGGUUAAGCGCUGUUACCACCAAGCAAACCGCCGCGGCUAUACAGUGUUCUCCAUGCAGGCGCACAUCGAGUGUUGGUCAGGCCCCACAGCUCACAACACGUACUCGAUGUAUGGUCGACGAGGAGGCUGUUCAAGAUGGAAGGGUGGCGGAUUUGCUAACGACGUAUAUAUCAUACUAAAACGAGCCGGCAAGCCCGCCCGUGCUCUAGGUGUUCAAAGCGGAAAGGUCCGUGUCAGGGACUUGUCUGCUUCAUCUGAGUGGGACCGCUGGCAUGCCGCUCACCGGGCGCGCCUUCAUAUUCGUAGGCGGGGUCACUGGCGGGGUGCAUGGUCUGCCAAGCACAAUAACCGCCGCCAGUGGCUUCAGGUCGACCUUGUUGGGCCCGCUGGUAUAACAAUGGUCGCCACUCAGGGGCGUCAAGAUUACUCGCAAUGGGUCGAGAGCUACACUUUGAAGUACGGAAGAAGUCCUGGUCGUCUUAGGCCGUAUACAGUUGGCCGUAGACUAAAGGUUUUUGCCGGUAACUACGACAGACACACUGUUGUCGUCCGACGUCUAAGACCACCCAUCUUGGCGAGGUACAUCCGCUUCUAUCCUCUCAGCUGGCAUGGCCAUAUCUCCAUGAGGGUAGAGCUCUACGGGAAAAGACUCAAAAAUCCUGGAAUAAAACCACCUCCUCGACCACCUCGCUUCAUCUACCACUACACCAUAGUAGGCUGCUUCAGAGACAAGCGACAACGAGCUCUCAAGCACUUUUUAGGCUUUAUAAAGAAGAACCCCAUCCAAGAGUGCUACAAGCGUGCGUACUCCAGGGGCUACAGAAUGUUCUCGGUGCAGGCCGGUGGACACUGCUUCUCUGGACGUAACGCUCAUGUGACCUACGCAAAAUACGGACCAUACGACAAGUGCAGAAACUACGUGGGAGGAAUCUGGGCCAACAACGUCUACACCAUCAAUAUAGUUAUUCCACCGCGAAAAUGGUACAAAAAGCCAUUCGGCUGGAUCGGCUGUUAUCGUGAUAUGCACGUACGAGCGCUGCCUGUUCUGCUCGGAAGAUUCCGCGGCCGUAAUGCAGUUCAGCGCUGUUACCACCAAGCCAACCGCCGCGGUUACAAAGUGUUCUCCAUGCAGGCGCACAACGAGUGUCGGUCAGGCCCCACGGCCCACGUGACUUACUCUGUGUAUGGGAGACGAGGGGGAUGUUCACACUGGACCGGCGGGAACUGGGCUAAUGAUGUCUACGUUAUUCUAUCAAAGGCCGGACGUCGAAGGACUCCUCUAGGAAUGGAAAACGGACGAAUCCGUAGCCAAGACAUCCGCGCUUCGUCACAAUGGGACCGCAACCACGCUCCAUACCUUGCUCGUCUCCAUAUGAAGCGAGGAAGACGUACUAUUGGCGCUUGGUCUGCCAGACACAACAGACGCGGUCAGUGGAUCCAGGUUGAUCUGCGCAGGCGCGCUGUCAUCCGCAUGAUCGCCACCCAGGGUCGCCAGGACCUUAACCAAUGGGUGACAAGCUACAAGAUCUAUUACGGAAACAAUGGCCGCAACUGGGUUGCUUACCCCAAUGUAUUUGCUGGCAACUAUGACAGGAACACAGUGGUAAACCGCGUCUUCAAGCGAGCUAUUCGGGCCAGGUUCAUCCGAAUUUACCCGCAGUCUUGGCACAAACACAUGUCUUUAAGAUUCGAGCUCUACGGUCGGCGUAUAGGAGCUCCUCCACGUCCAAAGCCCAAGCCAAAACCACCAACGAUUAAAGUAGCUACUGGAGUAAGAGUGCGUGACAUCGGCUGCUACCGUGACACCGGUCGCCGCGCCGUUCCCCAAAUGGACGGACGUGACGUCAUCCUGAAGGACUACUACCGCCGCCGUGCUGACGCUAUCAAGAAGUGCGCUCUGGUGGCUUUGAGAUACGGAUACAAAGUGUUUGCUGUACAACACGGUGGAUGGUGUGCUACCGGUAAAAAUGCUCAUCGUACUUAUUCCAAAUAUGGCAAGUCCAACAGAUGCCGCAACGGCAAGGGAGGACCGUGGGCCAACACUGUCUACAGAGUACAUGGAAACUGCCGACAGAAGACCAACGAUGGACAUUGCUGCUCGUUCCCGUUCAUCUACCGCGGCCGCCGCUACAACAGCUGCACGAAAGCCGGCAGGCGGGACAGGCGACCCUGGUGCUCAUUGACCCCCAACUACGACAGAGACAGGAAGCUCGGAUUCUGUGGAGGACGACGUGUUCCAGUCACCAGAGGACUUGUUGCCGUAAGCAUCGGAUGUUUCCGUGACACCGGCCGCCGCGCCAUUCCACCAAUGGAGGGCAAGAGUAAGCUGCUCAAGGGCAGUUACCCCAGGCGACGAUACGCGAUCCAGAAAUGCGCGCUUGUGGCUGCUAGACGCGGAUGGCGCGUGUUCGCUGUUCAAAACGGCGGCUGGUGUGCGACUAGCAGUAGAGCUCAUCUCACGUACAGACGAUAUGGACCAUAUAACAGAUGCAGAAAGGAUGGCGAAGGUGGACCCUGGGCCAACCAGGUGUACAGUUUGCGAGGAUCUUGCAGAGUAAGAACAACCAAAGGCAACUGCUGUGUUUUCCCGUUCGUUUAUCGCGGCAAACGGUACAACAGCUGCACCAUGACGAGACAUAAUAGGCCUUGGUGUGCAAUUACCCCAAGCUACGAUGUUGACAGAUUGUGGGGCAACUGUCCAGGACGUGUGGCUCAACCAGUCAAGAUAACACCAUCAAUCACAAUUGAACACCUUGGCUGCUGGCGAGACACUGGUCGCCGUGCGAUCCCUCAACUCGAUGGCAAGUUCGCGCUCAUUGGUGGAAACUAUCAAAGAAGACGCAAUGCAAUUCGUAGAUGCGCUUUGGUGGCCGCUCGCCUUGGAUACCGUGUGUUUGGUGUUCAAAACGGAGGCUGGUGUGCAUCAGGACCACGUGCACAGCACACGUACAGGAAAUACGGCAAAUCUAACAAAUGUCGCAACGGCAAGGGAGGACCUUGGGCGAACGACGUCUAUAGGGUUUCAGGAACUUGCAAGCAACGCACAACGAAGGGUGAAUGCUGCGUCUUCCCGUUUGUGUACAAAAAGAGGCUGUACUCUUCUUGCACCACGGUCAACAGCAAGCGCGGUGCGUGGUGCGCAACAACAAGCAAUUACGACAAAGACAGGAAAUGGGGAUACUGUCGUGGUGUCCGACCCCCAAGACCUCGCCCACGUCCCAAAGGCCGCUUCAUUAAACAUUACACCAUCGUUGGCUGCUUCAAUGACAGGCAUCGUCGUGCUCUGAAAGCAAAACUGGGUUACUUCAGAGGAAGGAAUGCUGUCCAGAGGUGUUACAAUGAGGCCGUCAGACGAGGCUUCAGGAUGUUUGCCGUCCAAGCCGGGGGACAUUGUUUCUCUGGAAGAAACGCACACCUAACCUUUAGACGAUAUGGCCCAUCAAGGGCAUGUCGAAACUUCAAGGGAGGUCGAUGGGCAAAUGAUGUCUACAGCAUAACUAAACUUAUCCCUCCUCGAAGAUGGAAGCGCAAGCCAUUCGGCUUCCUUGGAUGCUACCGUGAUAGACACGUACGAGCUCUGCCUGUUCUUCUCGGAAGAUUCCGCGGGCGCAAUGCUGUCAUGCGCUGUUACCACCAAGCAAACCGCCGAGGCUACAAAGUGUUCUCCAUGCAGGCGCACAACGAGUGUCGGUCAGGCCCUAAGGCUCAUAAUUCUUACUCCGCCUGGGGUCGAAAAGGAGGCUGUUCACGCUGGACCGGCGGUAGCUGGAGAAACGAUGUCUAUGUUAUCCUGAAGCGAGCUGGCCGGCCUUUCUCACCUCUCGGAAUGGAGAAUGGCUUUAUUCCAAACAACGCCAUUCGCGCUUCUUCUAAGUGGGAUCGAAACCAUGGGCCAGAAAACGCUCGACUCAACAGGCGCAGACGAGGUCGCAAGACCGGAGCAUGGUCUUCCAGGGGAUUAAACCGCAACCAAUGGAUUCAGAUCGAUCUUCGACGUACUACCCUCAUCAAAAUGAUCUCGACGCAAGGGCGACAGGACCAUAGUCAGUGGGUGACAAGCUAUAGCGUGGAGUACAGCCAGGACGGCAAGGUCUUCCGCCCCUACAAACGUAACAAGGUCUUUGCUGGCAACUUCAACAGAAACACUGUUGUUACCCAUAUAUUCAGACCGGCUAUCAAAGCCCGCUUUAUCAAGGUUAGACCCAUCCGUUGGUACGGCCACAUCUCCAUGAGGCUCGAGUUGUAUGGAAAACGUAUUGGUGGUCUACCAAAACCGAAGCCCAAACCUCGGCCAAGACCACCACCUCGAAUUACCAUCACCACCGGAGUGAAGGUGCGUGACGUCGGCUGCUACCGUGACACCGGUCGCCGCGCCGUUCCCCAAAUGGACGGACGUGACGUCAUCCUGAAGGACUACUACCGCCGCCGUGCUGACGCUAUCAAGAAGUGCGCUCUGGUGGCUUUGAGAUACGGAUACAAAGUGUUUGCUGUACAACACGGUGGAUGGUGUGCUACCGGUAAAAAUGCUCAUCGUACUUAUGCCAAAUAUGGCAAGUCCAACAGAUGCCGCAACGGCAAGGGAGGACCAUGGGCCAACACUGUCUACAAAGUACAAGGUAAAUGUAAGCAGAGGACAACAGACCGCCAUUGCUGCUCGUUCCCGUUCAUCUACCGCGGCCGCCGCUACAACAGCUGCACGAAAGCCGGCAGGCGGGACAGGCGACCCUGGUGCUCAUUGACCCCCAACUACGACAGAGACAGGAAGCUCGGAUUCUGCUCAGGGAAAACGCGCCCUAAGCCUAGACCAAAACCACAACCACGACCGCGUCCAUCAUUCAACGUUCAUCACUACACUAUCGUUGGCUGCUUCAAGGACACGCGCCGAAGGGCACUGAGAACAUAUCUGGGUCACUUCAGAGGAAAGAAUGCUGUCCAGAGGUGUUACAUUGCGGCUGUCAGACAAGGCUUCAGGAUGUUUGCCGUCCAAGCUGGGGGACACUGUUUCUCUGGACGCAGCGCGCAUCUCACGUUUGGACGUUAUGGCCCAUCUAAUAGAUGCCGUCACUUUACCGGAGGUCCAUGGGCAAAUGAUGUUUACAGUAUCAGCAUUGUCGUUCCGCCUCGACGCAAGUGGGGUGGUAGACCCUACGGUUCCCUCGGCUGUUAUCGCGAUAGGCACAUACGAGCUCUGCCCGUACUACUUGGGAGGUUCCGCGGACGUGGCGCAGUCAGGAGGUGUUACCGCAAGGCCAAUCGCCGCGGCUACAGAGUGUUCUCUAUGCAGGCGCACAACGAGUGUCGGUCUGGCCCAACCGCCCACAAUAGCUACUCCGCUUGGGGGCUAAAGCGAGGCUGUUCUCGUGGAACUGGUGGUAACUGGCGAAACGACGUUUAUGUUAUUCAUGCAAGAGUUCGUAUUCGAGGUAAGCCGCUCGGGCUCGCAAAUGGUCGCAUCCGUAACCGUGCAAUCACCGCUAAAUCUCGGUGGGAUCGCAAUCAUGGACCGGAACGUGGCCGCCUUAACCAGCGACGAGGAGGAGGGAAAGUCGGGGCGUGGUGUGCCCGCCGUAAUAACCGCAAUCAAUGGAUUCAAGUGGAUCUUGGGCGCCGCCACAUUGUUACCCUCAUUUCUACUCAGGGUCGCCAGGACUACGACCAGUGGGUGACCAGUUACUUCGUCAAGUACAGUAACGAUGGGCGGAAAUUUAGGGAAUACAAAAGACACGGUCGUACAAAGAUCUUUGCUGGUAACUUUGACCGAAAUACGAUUAUCACACGUUCAUUACGACCUGCUAUUCGCUCACGUUACAUCCGCAUCAAACCAUAUACCUGGGUUGGCCAUAUUUCAUUAAGAUUCGAGCUCUACGGCAAGAUCGACACCUCAGUCCGACCACCAAAACCGCGACCUCGACCUCGACCACUUCCAAUUGUUCCUGGACCGAGCAGCAUCGGGGUUACUGCCGAUAUCGCCUUCCUCGUCGACAGCUCUGCUAAGACGGGCCGCAGCAAUUUCCACCUCGAGAAGAUGUUCAUUAAAUCCAUCACUCGACGAUUCACCAUCAACCGACACCACUCUCAUGUGGGCGUAGUGUCGUACACCUCUCGCCCGAGCCUACAAAUGCGCUUUAACCAGUACAACUCAGUCACGGAGGUCAACCGUGCUGUCGACCGCAUGCGCUUUUCCGGUGGCCGUGGAAGACGUGUUGAUCUCGCCGUCAGGUCCUCCUACAACUGGUUCUUCAACAGAGGGCCAAGCUUCCCGUUCGUGCGUAAGAUUUUGGUCGUCGUUGUCAAUGGAAGACAGACUGGGCGCAGUGUGUUCAUGUUUAACCGCAUGAGAUCACUCUUUGCACGAAAGAAUGUCAAGGUGUUCGUCGUUGGAGUUGGUGGAGUCGACCAGAGGUAUCUGAGACCACUCACUUACAGAAACAGGCACGUGUAUGUGGUAAGGAACUUCAGGAGCUUGGUAGCAAAGGCUGGCACGAUCGCAAAGGCUAUCCACAGUGAAAUGAACAUCGCGAACGAGCUGUACCAGCGAAUGAGACUCCCAAAGCCCGAGGCCACUCAACAACAAGUGACCUACUUCGAUAAACCCCUGCCGAAUGCUACCGUAAUAAGUACUCCGGUCAACGGCACUCACAUGGCAUAAACCGCCACACAGAGAAAUAGAAAAAAAGCCCCUAGGAACGGAUACAGGAAAAAAGAAUGUACGGAUCAUUUGAUCUAACUUUUGCUUUCUAGAAAGCGUGUCAAAUCUCUAAGAAAUGUAGUUGACAGUUCUUUAAUUUAGGUAUAUCAGUGUAAGUGACCUAGUAUUUCAUUUCACUUGAUACACGUUCCUUAUCGAAAUUAGUAUACGCCUCCGAAAUGGUGGCUAGUUGAUAAAAACCAUAUGAUUGAUUGACUUCCUCACGACUGGGCUUGACCUUCUGAGAUAGUAAAAGAGUGUAAAGUUAAGUGGGUUGUAUAGCACACUAUAGGCACUUUCAAAUUGUUUUAUGUUGGAUGUAAUACCUAAAUUACUAUCCAGCUCUCAGUUUUUGGUUGCCCUUUUGUGCCACUGACUUUGUAACUGUACUGUUAGAAUAUAGGCAAAUGCCUUGACUUUAUAAAGCAAGAAUAAAGAAGCUAUGCAUUCCA